AUGUCAACUGCCUGGGUAACUCUUGCCACGAAUGAUGGUUACGCUGUAGGAGCACUCGUACUAGCCCAAUCCCUCCGAGCCGCCAAUACUCAACACAAGCUCCACAUAUUGUACACUAAUGGAGUUUCAGCUGAAGUUAGGUAUGUUUACUGCUUUUUUGUUACUUUUAAAUCAUCUUUUGUUUUCUUGUGGUCGAAAAGUAUAAGCUUAUUGUUUCAGAGAGAAGCUCCAAAGGACCUUCGACGACAGUACAUUGGUCGAUGUUUUGGACAGUAACGAUGCUGCCAACCUCUCCCUAAUUGGCCGACCUGACUUGGGAGUGACGUUCACGAAGCUACAUUGCUGGAGGCUUACUCAAUAUACGAAGGCUGUAUUCCUGGACGCUGACACUCUGGUUAUUAACAACUCUGACGAACUGUUCGACCGCCCAGAACUGGCCGCUGCUGCCGACAUUGGAUGGCCAGACUACUUCAACUCUGGAGUUUUUGUUUUCGUACCUUCACAAGAGACAUACGACAAGUUGGUGCAGUUCGGAGUGGAGCAUGGUACUUUCGAUGGUGGAGAUCAAGGUCUUUUGAAUCAGUUCUUCGCUGGGUGGAGAGACUGGAGCUCAGCUCAUAGAUUACCCUUUGUUUACAAUGUCACUUCAGGUGCUAUCUACAGUUACGCCGCCGCUUUCAAGAAGUAAGUUUAGAAUAAUAUGGUUUUUAAAUGUAUAAAAAGAAGCUUUAGCUAUGACGUUGUAGUUUCAUGUCUUUGACGUUUUAUAGCGUAGUAAAAUAUGUAACUUUGACUUUUGUAUAGGCGUUUUUUCGUCUUUAAGACAAUGUUAUUUCAGGUUAGCAUCAGAAAUUAAGAUCGUCCACUUCUUGGGCGCCCGCAAGCCUUGGCAUCAGUUUGGUGCCCAGACCCACGCCUCCGAGCAUCUGGCGCUGUGGCAGAAGUUGUACCACGACAAGGUUGAGGAAUCUCUCCCAGCUCAUCUUGCAGUAGGUUUCGGUGAUGUGACUCUCCCCGAAUUUAACGAAACUCACUCGACUAACCAGCUUGAAGCAAUACCGCUUAGGGUAACUUAUUAACAUUUUGGUGUGUUUCGUGUCGUGUAUAUGUUUUGGUGUUGUGUUAGGGCGUAGUAAGUGUGGCUGGCUGUUUCUGUUACCCUUUUGUCCCCCUCCUUUGUCCGUUUUUGUUUUUUCUGUUUUAACGAAGGUCUUAAGCGUUACGGUAGCGGGUUUCCUCCUCCACGACCCCCGCUCUACAAAGACCACAGAAGGCGACACAAGAAGCGACAUCACGAGAAGCAUCAUGAAGAACAUCAUCAACAACACCAUCCUCAAGAACAACAUCAUGGUCAUGAUCAAGGUAGUACUCAUCACCAUGAACAACAACAGUAUCAGCCUGAGCAUGCUGAACAACAUUACCAUGAUCCACAACCGCAUGUGCAUCAUGAAAAGCAACAUCUUCAACCAAGUUACGUUGAGCAUCAUGAAGAGCAUUACGAGCCAAGUUAUGUAGAAUAUCAUCAUGAACAACAUUACGAACAACCUUCUCAUUAUCACGAAGAGCCAUACCAUCAUCAUGAGCAACAAUAUGACAAUGAAUCUCAGCCUUUUUAUGAUACUGUGGAAACGUUUCAUCAUGAAGACAAUGUAGAUCAUGGUUAUCAUCAUGAAGAUCAUCAUAAUGAAGACAAAGACUUGCAGUUUUACGAAGCUCCGAGUCAUGAAUUGCACGAUAUUCUACAGGAUAGUUGGCCUGAAAAAGAAACAUAUGUUGUUGAAAGUGGCAGUACCGAUGUUGUACUUGACCUUAAUGGGGUAAUAUUUCCUGUUCUUUUCCAACCAAACUUCCUGUCUUUAUAGGAAACCGAGCCCACGGCAACACUCCGAAAAUGCCCUUCCAGUAGCUCCAUUUCUUCUGUCGACACUUCUUCUACGGUGCUUUUCUGUUUUUCGAUUGGGUUUGAUGUUGUAGUAGAUAGAACAGCUUUUGGUGUGGUACAGUAAUGCAGUUGUUGUGUAAUUGGGUCAUUUUUAAAAAAAUUAUUGUUUUUGCUGUGAAAUUAUUGAGGUUUGGGAUUGAUGUGUAUAUGGUGGUAUGUUGUUGUAUAUGAAAUGACAUAUACUUUCUUGGAAGUUUACAAAAUGUUCAACGCGUUUUUUAGUGUUUUGUGAACUUUCAGGCAGGUAAAUAACUGUAUUAACCUACCUAUUUAUAGUCAUCAUCGGACGAAAGCAAAUGGGAACGUCGCUACGAAGACUGGGACCGUGGAGCCAUUGACUACGCUGGCAAAGACGCCUUCGAGAACAUCCAGAAGCAGAUCGAGAAGGCACUGAACGAAGAAUAA